UAUUGUAAACUAUAAAAAACAAAAUCUAAAUGAUAUGUGCCAGGAGUCUGGGCAUUAUAUUGCAUGUAUUUAAAAAGCGAACGCAUUCAUAUAGAAAGAAAGUAUUGCUGAUAUGCCUUGGAUGAUUACCUGUCUCAAUGUUCUUACCAAACCUUUGUUGAGAUACUGUUUGGCUGCAAGAAGAAGUUAGUAUUGCUACCUGGUAUUUUGCUAAAUCAAUCGUUCUCUAAAGUGAACGUCCCCGAGAAACUUAUGGCGCCCAGUAUGGAGCACCAAAAGCGAGAAGCAACACAAGAAAAACUAUUGAGGAUAUCGGCUAGCGUUUUAAAACCGCCUCGUAAAUUGGCUGGAGUUGUUCUAAUUACCAGUGGAUUACCAGCUCGGGGUAAAACCCAAAUUGCUCAUUCUCUGAUACGAAGACUUAAUUGGAAUGGCGAAUCCGCUAAAGUAACGCGCAUUAAUGAUUAUCACCGAAAAAAGUUGGAGCGAUGUGCAUUACACAAGCUUUUUCAAACGGAUCACGAUGCCAAUAUCGCACUUCGAACACAAACACAAUGGGAUGCAAUGUAUGAUUGUGCAUUGUCACUUGCAUCUGGAAAUAGUGUGGCUAUAUUGGAUGGUACAAUGAUAACUCAUGAACAACGUUCGGAGGCGUAUGAUUACUUCUCUACACAAAUGGGUUAUCGCGUCCUAUUUCUCGAAUGCGUCUGUGAAGAUGCUCAGAUUCUUGACUCUAAUUGUCGCGAAAUUCUGAGCCACAGUCUCGACUAUGCAGGUACGGAUGCUGUAAAAGCUGCGAAAGAUUUACGCAUUAAGAUCGAGCAUUUCGAAAAGAUCCAUCAACCUAUGGACGAGAAAAACUAUCCAAGGAUAAGAAUUAACACAGCCACAAUGGAAAUUACCGCUUACAAAGUUACUGGACAUAUCGAAACCAGCAUUCUUGGUUACUUAGCUAGUGUCUCUCUUAAACCACACACUCUUUAUUUCUCACGGCACGGCGAAAGUGAAUUUAACGUGCUUGGAAAAAUUGGCGGUGAUGCUGUGUUGAGUGCAAGGGGUGAACGUUACGCACAAGCUCUUUCUAGUAAGAUCAAUUCAAUGCAUAUACCUGAUCUUCGAGUAUUAACCAGUCGUCUUCGAAGAACAAUUGCCACGGCGCGUGAUAUCGAAGCACCUCAAGAACACGUUAUUGCGCUAAAUGAACUUUAUGCUGGGGUUUGUGAAGGAUUAUCAUACGAGGAAAUACAAAAGCAGUACCCUCAGGAGUUUGCAUCGCGAGAUCAGGACAAACUGCGUUACCGAUAUCCAUUGGGCGAGAGCUACGUUGAUACUAUGCAGCGUGUCGAACAAGUUAUUGUUGAUCUUCAGCACACUCAUAACGUUCUAGUUGUUGCUCAUCAGGCAAUUUUACGCUGCAUAAUAGGCUUCUUUCUCGAUAAAACUCCUGAAGAGCUUCCCUACAUGGAGGUUCCUUUACACACCAUUAUAUGCGUUAGCAGUCAAGGAUUCAAUUACAAACUCGAAUUUAUUAAACUGGGUAUCGAGUGCGUAAAUACAACACGUACCAAACCGCAAAAUUGCAGCUCUACGAGAACAAGCGAUGAUGCUCUCAUUACAGUACCAGCUCACUAUGACAUUUCCGAUCCUUGGAGAAAUCUUGGUAGCUGUCCAACAUUGGUACAGCAAUACUGAAUAUCAAUUGAGGGGACAUACGCGCAUGACAAAACAAUUCUACCAAUCUCUGAAUACCAUUCUAUGUACAAAAAUGUUACUGUUUUCGGAUUUUAUAAUCUAAUACUUGGAUCCGUUAUCGCCUUUACGGCAUUAUUUUCUUUAUUAUUCACC